AUGAAGUUCGCCACAAAGACAUUUAUCUUUAUUGCUAUCUUCUGUCUUAUUAUUAUUGCCGUUGUUGCCCAGAAUCCUUCACCUACCAGUUCCGUAACUUCACCUACCAGUUCUAUAGCUCGACCUACCAGUUCCGUAACUUCACCUACCAGUUCUAUAGCUCGACCUACCAGUUCCGCAGCUCGACCUACUCCACCUCCACCUAUCAGUUCUGCAGCUGGUUCUCCUACUGGUGAACCAUCGCCAUCAGGAAGCGAGGAAGGGGAAGGGGAAGGAGGCGCACCUGAUGAACCGCUUCCUGAUGGCGAUGUAACUUACGUAGAAACUGUAGAUACUACGGUUGCGGAAGCAGUUGGAGUAGAUGGGAAGGUAGAUGAAAAGGUAGACGGAAAGGUAGAUGGAAUAGAAGACGGAAAGGUAGAUGUAAUAGAAGACGGAAAGGUAGAUGUAAUAGAAGACGGAAAGGUAGAUGGAAUAGAAGAUGAAAGGGUAGACGGAAUGGGAGACGGAAUGGAAGACGGAAAGGAAGAUGAAUCGACAGGAGUAAAAACAUAUGUAUUAGUACCAACAACAAUGGUAGUAUCAGCUUGGGGUUCCGACAUUAGUGUCAGUGAUAAUUUCAUUAUAUAUUUAUUGGUUGGGAUAGAUUUUCGAUACGAUGCGACGAUAUUUCUAUUACCGAUUAUGAUCCAAGUAAUAAUCAUACCUUUAAGAAAGACUCUAAACGAACAAAAUCUAUUAAGAGAGGUAUUAGGUCAUCAAAAACGUGGCCAUGGAAGUUUACAAAUAAAUAAUCAGGAGUUUUUUGUAACAGAUAAAUAUGAAGUAAUACCUAUGAGAACAAGUUUGAUGUAUGGUGUGAAUAAUUUUAUUUAA